AUGUUAGUGCUUCAACUUUCGAUAUCUGAAACCAUCUCACUAAGAUGUUUCUUUAAUGGAAAAUUCUGGAACCUGUGUAAACGAUUGCCUCGGCGGGUUUGUAUUGCUCAGCUUAGUGAGGGACUGCAUGCUCAUUUGUCCAUAUCAUAUGCAGCUGUCCCUAUUGCGUUUGCUGGCUGUGUUACACUACUGAUAGCCAUUGUUAGGAUUGUUUCUACAAGUCGACGUUUAAAAGAAAUGAAUUUAGCCCUUUGUGAGUUUGAAAAACAAUGGAAUCAAGAAGAGUCUCUGUCCUACAAUCUUCAAGGAAACGCAUAUAAUGCAUUUUCUUUUGUAAAUAAAUCGCCUGACAAUUUUAGCCCUAACUCAUUUUCGGAUAAGAAAGUUGAUCAUCUCCCCAUACCUGUAACAAACUAUCAUCAAAGAUUGCCAAUGCCUCCAAGACGAGCUAUUUUGUAUUAA